AUGGAUGUUGUCUCCAUGGGGACUGUGAGGAUGUCCCAGAUGUGCAUGCUGAGAUGGGUCAUCCUGCUGAUGGGGCUGCAGUCGGUACAAGCAGGCUUCUUGGGGGAUUAUGGGGAUGUUAUGAAGGAUCCUAUGGACUUUACAACCUGGCCGCCAACAACAACAACAGUGUUCCCAAUGACGACUGUGAUGGUAACAAAAGUUCAACCAAAUCCUGAUCAUCAGUCCACGAUCUGCAGCACAUGGGGAAAUUUCCACUUCAAGACCUUUGAUGGUCAAUUCUUUCAAGUGCCAGACACAUGCAACUAUGUUCUGACAGUGAUGUGUGACAUUACGGUUUCUGAUUUUAACAUCCAAAUGCAAAGAGAGACUGUGAAUGGCUCAAUCACUUUUAGCACAGUCACAAUAAAGCUGGAGGGAACAAUCAUCAAAAUCACUAACGGCGACAUCACCAUGGAUGAUCAAGCGGUGUCGAUUCCAAUCAAUCAGAAUGGAAUUAAAAUUGAAGGAACCCCAACAAGUAUUAAAGUCUCCAGAUAUGGAAUGACUGUCUUCUGGGAAGAAGACAACUCUAUAUUGAUUGAACUUGCAGAGAAGUACCAAGGUCAGACCUGUGGACUCUGUGGAAACUACAACGGCAACAAGAAUGACGAUAUCCCUGAAAGCGGCCCAGCCACCUGGAAGGUUUCCACACCAACUGAAUCCUGCGAGGACGUUACACUUCCUCCUGGGAAUCAGUGCGACCAGCACAUAAGUGUUUGCCAGCAGCAUCUCAACAGUCCAGGGUUUGCUGACUGUUACAGGAUAUGUCUAUGUGGAAACUAUAAUGAUGUACAAUCAGAUGACUUCAAAACAGAGUCUGGUAUCAUAGAGGGCACACCAAUAACAUUUGUCAACUUCUGGAAGAAAAACCCAUACAGUUGUCCAGAUCUUGAAAACACAUUUGACAACCCCUGUAGCUUGAGUAUGGACACAGAGAAACUUGCUAAAGACUGGUGUUCCCGUCUUACAAACAACAGCGGAGUCUUUUCCGCAUGUCAUUCAGAAAUAUGUCCUGAGAUUUUCUACCAAUGGUGUGUCUAUGACACCUGCAAAUGUGCAGAUAUUAGGAAGUGUAUGUGUGCGGCCGUGUCCAACUAUGCCCACGCCUGUGCUGCCAGAGGAGUCAUUCUCCAGGGCUGGAUGGAUUCUGACCCCUGUGCAUCUGAGUGUUUAGAAAACAUGAAGUACUCCUAUGGUGUGUCCAGCUGUGGCAGUACCUGCCGCUCUCUCAGUGAACCAAGUAACACCUGCCCAGGGUCCUUCACACCUGUAGACGACUGCGUCUGUUCUGAGGGAACCUAUCUUAAUGAAGACGGCAGUUGUGUGCCUGCCCACCAGUGUCCUUGUUACAAAGGCAACCAGGUCAUAGAACCAUCGGGAACAUCCAACAUAGACGGUGUUGCAUGCACCUGUACCCUUGGAAAAUUGCACUGCUCCAGUCAAGAAGACUGUGUGGCUCCAAUGGUCUUCUUCAAAUGCUCAAAUUAUGAACCUGGAACAAAAGGGACAGAAUGUCAGAGGACCUGUCAGAACCAAGACCUAAACAACUGCGUGAGUACAGGGUGUGUAUCGGGGUGUAUGUGUCCAGAUGACCUUCUGGCUGAUGGAAAAGGUGGGUGUGUGGAGAGGACAAACUGCCCCUGUGUCCACAACGGACUCAGCUAUUCACCUGGAGAGCAAGUUCAAGAGGACUGUAACACCUGCACAUGCACAAAUGGGAUGUGGACUUGUACAGAUAAUGAGUGUUAUGGCACCUGUACCAUCUAUGGUGAAGGUCAUUUCAUGACUUUUGAUGGCAAGAAAUAUACUUUCCUUGGAGACUGUGAACACAUCUUAGCCCAUGAUAACUGCAAUAAUGAACAGGGUUCAUAUUUUCUACGCCUGGUCACAGAGAACAUCCCCUGUGGCACCAGCGGCACCAUUUGCUCCAAAUCCAUCAAUCUUUUCUUUGGGAGAUACAAGAUGAUUUUAUCAGAGGAGAAUGGGAUCAAAGUUGUUGAAAGCAAUGGCACUGAUUACCUAUAUCAAAUCCAUACUGCUGGAAUAUACAAUGUCAUAGAGGUCAAAGGUCUUUUGAACUUAAUCUGGGACAAUAAGACGAGUCUGAUGCUCCAACUCCAUCCCAAAUUUAAGGGCAAGGUGUGUGGACUGUGUGGAAACUUUGACGGUAAUGCGAACAAUGACUUUGUGAAGCAUGAUGGAGAAGAGGUCACUGAUGCAGUGGCAUUUGGAAACAGCUGGAAGGUGAAUCCCAGCUGUCCAGAAGUGAGCAACUUGAUGAAUCCAUGUGAAAAAAAUCCACAUCGGAGUGCCUGGGCUAUCAAACAAUGCAGCAUCAUCACAAGCCCUGUCUUUACAGACUGCCAUUCACGUGUGGAUUCUGGCCCAUACUAUGAUGCCUGUGUAAGGGACACCUGUGCAUGUGACAGUGGGGGUGACUGUGAUUGUUUCUGUACGGCAGUGGCAGCUUACGCUGCCGAAUGCCGUAAAAAAGGAGCUUGUGUGGCAUGGCGAAGCCCAAGCAUAUGUCCUUUAUUCUGUGACUACUACAACAACCCUCCAGAUGAAUGUGAAUGGCACUAUAAAACCUGUGGAUCCACCUGCAUGAAAACUUGCAGAAACCCAUCAGGAACUUGUUCUAAUCAAAUUCCUCUUCUAGAGGGGUGUUUUCCUCAGUGCCCUUUAGAAAGGCCAUUUCUGAGGGAGGACACAAGGAAAUGUGUUACAGAGGCAGAAUGUCUUUCUCUGUGUACCUAUGAUGGGAAGAUAUACACUACUGGACAAGUGGUGUACGAUACCACAGAUGGGAAUGGCACAUGUUUUACGGCUGUGUGUGGUUUCAACGGCAUGAUAAUAAGAAAUAUUAACAAAUGCAUGACAACAACCACGCCAUUCACUUUCACAACUCCACCACAAACACCAACACCAACAUCACCAGAAAUUUCUACUACUGCUGUUACUGCUCCUACUCCAUCUACAGAAACACCACCUACCACAGGAAGAGAAACGCCAUCAACAACAACUGCUGGUCCAACAACACCUACAUCACAAGGAGUUUCUACUACUGCUGUUACUGUUCCUACUCCAUCUACAGAAACACCACCUACCACAGGAACAGAAACACCAUCCACAGCUACUACAACUGCUGGUACAGAAACACCAACAUCACCAGGAGUUUCUACUACUGCUGUUACUGCUCCUACUCCAUCUACAGAAACACCACCUACCACAGGAACAGAAACACCAUCCACAGCUACUACAACUGCUGGUACAGAAACACCAACAUCACCAGGAGUUUCUACUACUGCUGUUACUGCUCCUACUCCAUCUACAGAAACACCACCUACCACAGGAACAGAAACACCAUCCACAGCUACUACAACUGCUGGUACAGAAACACCAACAUCACCAGGAGUUUCUACUACUGCUGUUACUGCUCCUACUCCAUCUACAGAAACACCACCUACCACAGGAACAGAAACACCAUCCACAGCUACUACAACUGCUGGUACAGAAACACCAACAUCACCAGGAGUUUCUACUACUGCUGUUACUGCUCCUACUCCAUCUACAGAAACACCACCUACCACAGGAACAGAAACACCAUCCACAGCUACUACAACUGCUGGUACAGAAACACCAACAUCACCAGGAGUUUCUACUACUGCUGUUACUGCUCCUACUCCAUCUACAGAAACACCACCUACCACAGGAACAGAAACACCAUCCACAGCUACUACAACUGCUGCUCCUGGUACACCAACACCAACAUCACCAGAAAUUUCUACUACUGCUGUUACUACAGAAACACCAAUCACAGAAACACCACCUCCAACACGAACAGAAACGCCAUCGACAGCAACAACAACUGCGGGUCCAACGACACCUACAUCACCAGGAGUUUCUACUCCUGCUGUUACUGCUCCUAUUCCAUCUACAGAAACACCCCCUCCAACACGAACAGAAACGCCAUCGACAGCAACAACAACUGCGGGUCCAACGACACCUACAUCACCAGGAGUUUCUACUCCUGCUGUUACUGCUCCUAUUCCAUCUACAGAAACACCCCCUCCAACACGAACAGAAACGCCAUCGACAGCAACAACAACUGCGGGUCCAACGACACCUACAUCACCAGGAGUUUCUACUCCUGCUGUUACUGCUCCUAUUCCAUCUACAGAAACACCCCCUCCAACACGAACAGAAACGCCAUCGACAGCAACAACAACUGCGGGUCCAACGACACCUACAUCACCAGGAGUUUCUACUCCUGCUGUUACUGCUCCUAUUCCAUCUACAGAAACACCCCCUCCAACACGAACAGAAACGCCAUCGACAGCAACAACAACUGCGGGUCCAACGACACCUACAUCACCAGGAGUUUCUACUCCUGCUGUUACUGCUCCUAUUCCAUCUACAGAAACACCCCCUCCAACACGAACAGAAACGCCAUCGACAGCAACAACAACUGCGGGUCCAACGACACCUACAUCACCAGGAGUUUCUACUCCUGCUGUUACUGCUCCUAUUCCAUCUACAGAAACACCCCCUCCAACACGAACAGAAACGCCAUCGACAGCAACAACAACUGCGGGUCCAACGACACCUACAUCACCAGGAGUUUCUACUCCUGCUGUUACUGCUCCUAUUCCAUCUACAGAAACACCCCCUCCAACACGAACAGAAACGCCAUCGACAGCAACAACAACUGCGGGUCCAACGACACCUACAUCACCAGGAGUUUCUACUCCUGCUGUUACUGCUCCUAUUCCAUCUACAGAAACACCCCCUCCAACACGAACAGAAACGCCAUCGACAGCAACAACAACUGCGGGUCCAACGACACCUACAUCACCAGGAGUUUCUACUCCUGCUGUUACUGCUCCUAUUCCAUCUACAGAAACACCCCCUCCAACACGAACAGAAACGCCAUCGACAGCAACAACAACUGCGGGUCCAACGACACCUACAUCACCAGGAGUUUCUACUCCUGCUGUUACUGCUCCUAUUCCAUCUACAGAAACACCCCCUCCAACACGAACAGAAACGCCAUCGACAGCAACAACAACUGCGGGUCCAACGACACCUACAUCACCAGGAGUUUCUACUCCUGCUGUUACUGCUCCUAUUCCAUCUACAGAAACACCCCCUCCAACACGAACAGAAACGCCAUCGACAGCAACAACAACUGCGGGUCCAACGACACCUACAUCACCAGGAGUUUCUACUCCUGCUGUUACUGCUCCUAUUCCAUCUACAGAAACAACGAUCUGUCACUGUACAUUUGCAAAUCAAACUUUCCCACCUGAGUCAAUCAUUUACAACAAAACUGAUAAAGCAGGCUGGUGCUACUUCGCUUACUGCAACUCCAAUUGUGUUAGUGAAAUUACACAGAAACCAUGUCCUCAGACUACCACAGUUCCAAUUUCAACUGUUCCAAAUGACUGUACCGAUGUCAACAGAAAGAAUGGAGAGACAUGGAAUGAGGGAUGUACCACUAAAAACUGCAUAAAUGGGAAUGUUACUACAAGCCCUGUACAGUGUGAUCCAGCUGAUUCUGUCAUACCUACAUGUGUCAACGGACUUAAACCUGAGAAGGUUUAUUAUAACAAUGGCUGCUGCACUAAGUACGAGUGUCUAUGUCGAUGCAGUGGCUGGGGUGACCCUCAUUACAAUACGUUUGAUGGAAAAUAUUAUGUUUUCCAAGGAAAUUGUGACUAUGUGUUGGUCCGAGAAAUCAUUCCAAGAUACAAUAUCAGUGUCCAUGUUAAAAACUAUUAUUGCGAUGUUACAAAUAAUUUUGCUUGUCCAGAGUAUGUGACUGUGAAGUACAAAUCCUAUGAAAUCAAGCUAGCAAGUAACAGUAAAGAGAUACAGGUUUACGUCAAUGAUGCUGUUAAGGUCCCAACUUUCUUGAAUGAAGAUUUCAGCAUUACUACCUCGGGCAUGACAGUGAUUUUGAACAUUAAGGAAAUCAAAGCUGAGAUUUUAGUCAGUCAUCAAGGCUUUGAGAUCAAUCUCCCGUUCACCUACUUCCAUGGUAAUACAGAGGGACAGUGCGGUGUUUGUGACAAUGAUGCCACAAAUGACUGCAGACGUCCCGAUGGAACAACUGACCAGUCAUGUGAGCAAAUGGCAGCAUUGUGGGCGGACUCCCCAGAAUGUGAAACCCCUCCACCACAUCCAAGCGAACCUCUUCCUACCUGCACAGCACAAAUCUGUGAGGUCAUCAAGAGCGAUUUGUUCAAGAGCUGUCAUAACAUCGUUCCCUAUGAAAGCUACUAUGAGGCAUGUAAAUAUGAUGUGUGCUACAAGAAAAAUGACUCCAUGGCCUGUGCCAGUGUAGAGGCCUAUGCACAGCUAUGCGGCCAGCAGUCUAUAUGUGUGGACUGGAGAGACUCAGCUGACCUCAACGGGCUAUGCGCAUACAAAUGUGCUGAUCACAAAGUCUUCAAGGCAUGUGGGCCUAAAGUUGAAAGAACCUGCAGUACAAGAUACAAUGAGAUGUUUGUGGAAGACCAAAGCCAAACUGACCAUCAAAUAUUCAUGGAAGGUUGUUACUGUCCUGACAACACAUAUCUAGUUAGUUCAACAACAGAUCAGUGCACACCUACUUGUGAUUGCUUUGGCCCCGAUGGAUUACCAAGACAGCCAGGAGAUACAUGGAUCGUGAACUGCACAACAUACAAAUGCUCCACUGAGAGCUUUGGUGUUGUUCAAGAGCCUAUGAAUUGUCCAACCAUAGAGCCCUGUGGCCACGAAUACAAAAGCAUCAUUGAAAACUGCUGUCCAACCUGUGUGUGUGAUACCAGCCAGUGUUCUAUGAAAUGUGAUGUGGGAUAUGAGUUAGCAGCAGAGAUACCUGAGGACAGUUGCUGUCCACCAUGUGUGCCCAAAGAUGUAUGUGUGCACAAUAACACUGAGUACCAGCCUGGAGUUAAAAUCCCUACGGAGCCUUGUUUGGAGUGUUACUGCCAAAUGGAUAAAGACCGCCAAAUGGAUAAAGACCCACAGACCCAACUACAUUCUGUGGCAUGUGUAAAUAAAGUCUGUUCACCUUGUGCUGAGGGCUUUGAGCGUGUAGAACAAGAAGGAGAGUGCUGUGGAACAUGCAAGCAAAUCAGCUGCAUUUAUACUGCACCGGACAACACCACACAUACUCUCCAGGUUGGAGAAGUGAAACAUUACAAUUGUGAGAAUAUUUCCUGCAGUGAAAUGAAUGGCUUGUUUGUGACAGAGAAGAUCACACCAAAAUGCCCUGACUUCAAUCCAGAUGAUUGUGAGCCUGGAACUGAGAGAUAUGAUGCAGAUGGAUGUUGCAAGAUCUGUGAGCCCAAGACUUGCAUUGUUUUGAAGAACACAACCCAUGUGGAUGUAAAUGACUGCAAGUCCAUCCACCCCAUAGAAGUGACGUCCUGCAGUGGUCACUGUGGCACCCAAUCAAUGUAUUCAAUGGAAAAGAACAGCAUGAUGCACAUCUGUUCUUGUUGCCAAGAGGAGAAAGUCAGCCAUCGACAAGUGACGCUGAAGUGUGCCAAUGACAGCGAGGUUGUUCAUGACUAUAUUUACAUUGACAGCUGCACAUGCACUGCUAGACAGUGUGUAGACUGAUAGGCCUGAAGACGUGAUAAAAGAUGCUGACCUUAAAGCUUUUCCUUUGAUUAUUGUUGAUGUGAGCUAAAUUACUUAAGACAAGGGAUAUUUGAAAUAAGGAACACGGCAAGGAAUUUAUGCUUUUAUUCUAGGGCUAGGGUUUUCACUUUAAAUAUGAUCUUACAUGUUUAAAUUAUCUAUUGUUGGUCUUUUCUUUGGUAUAAUGAAAGUUCUGUAUAAUUUUGAUGAAAUAAGUGAAUGUUCAACACAAUAAAGAAGUUAACCAGCAACAAAAA